GUGGCGUCUCAUGGAUUUGCUUCCGAUAUUUUGUGAACAUUCACGAAACUUCGGACAAAUAUAGAUUUUCAUAAAGUUCUUUGUUCCAUUUUAAAAAUUAAAUUGUUUACUCUUACAGGAAUUGACAACAAAUAUAUAAAAAAUUAGAUAUUUGUCACACAAGUACUCCGGAAAAGUACAAUGGGUAUACUUUCCAUUUAACGACGAAAGUAUCAUCCUAUCUUUGCUGGGUCCCGCGCACAAUAAAACAUAUAUUAAAGUCCGGUUUCACCAACACGAGUUAAUCAAAUCAGUCAAUUAAAUUCAAUUUAUCCAUUGGAACAUUUCUUCUUUUUAUUCAACAAUUAAUAUAAUUAAACAAAGCGCGUAACUCUCUAUUAUCAAGUGAGUCAUGUGCGAAGUGUGUCCUAUUAGAGUACAGUACAAGUUUAUCCAGUUGAUGGCGCUGAGUGCGCAUCGAACAAGCCAAAUAAUGGUUUUCUAUUAUGUCCAACUGUGAUUUGUCAUAUCUUUUAUCUUUGAAACGAAACGAGUUAUAACUAAUCUUUGUAUUGUUGAAAUACGGUUAUUCCUGACAUGGCUAAGACCAAAACGAUCAGCAAAGGUUGUCCCAAGUGUGAGCAGCAGGUACCCGUUGCCUGUAAAGCUUGCCCUUGUGGACACUCCUUCUUUAAUGCAAGACGUAAUUCCAUAAAGAGUCCACCUAGUCCUGACAGUGGUGUAAUGAAGACAAGACGAACAAAUCGAAUUAAACGCGAAAAGCCAAAUUAUUAUGAUGCUUUGGAAUAUGAUAAGCAGACUAAGAAAAGUGCCAAAAUCAGAAGGACUACCGAUGUUGCAAAUGAUAUUGAUUGUCGACAGUUGAAUAAGAAGAAGAAACGGAAAGGAAAGGGAAAAGGCAAGAAUGGCAGCAGCAGUGGUAUGGGCGACGACGACGACGAGAUGGAAGGCAUUAAUGGGCUAUCACCGGAGAAACAGCUCACAUGUUCACUCAUAUUGCAAGAGCUGAACAAUAAAAUGAAAGUGGUAGCUUGGAAACCUACGUAAAGCAUAGAUAUGUCCCUUGGACAAUUUAUACUUUGUACAUAUUAAUUUUAUUAGUAUUUUUUUAAGAGUCAUGAACUCACAUAUAUAUAUAUAUAUAUAUUAAAGAUUACAUUUUAGUAGCCAAAACUUGUACAUACGAUGUAAAUAGCAUGCAACGCGAGAGAGAGAGAUAUAUAUAUAU